AGGUCAUGGCAGGAUCGUCGCGCGAGUGCCGUCGGAGGCGGCGUCGGUUGCGGCAGUCCGCGAUGGUUCGCGCAUCGGACCGGACCUCUGAAAAAACUGAAAGCAUUCAGAACAUUACAAAAAAGAAAAACGCGCUUCUCUACCGCCUCCACCUCCUUCUACUACCAAAUACUACCACUACUACCUGCUCUUCAAAUCCACCUCUAAAUCACUAAUAAUAAAAGAAGAUAGAUAGAGAAAGAUAGAAGUCUCGAGAUUAAGCCUACCUUGAUCCCGCUUAAAUACCCACCGUCAUCACCUCUCUCCACUGCCACCUCCGAAACCAACCAACAAACACAAAAAAAAAACUGCAAACAAAAAAUAAAACUAAGUAGCUCUACAACUGCACUCUUAGUUAUAGUUAGUUAGCCAACUUGUGCUCUUACAUCUCCAUCCAUCCGACCAUCCAUUUUCUUCCUCCGCUGCGUCUCGUUCUGUUGUUUACUUGUUUGUUGUCCCAGUGUGCGUGCGUAUUGCCACUUCUUAUUCUCGAAUCUUUGCCAACGCUGCUGCUUCGCACGUGUGCUUAACUCGAGGAGAGCCCACAUACAGACGAGAACCAAGAAUGAAAGAGAUGCAUCGAUUCAAGUUCCUCAAGGGCAAAGUCCCUCAACUGCUUGCAGUAUUUGCUGCGACGGUGAGCGCCAUCUCGGAUGGAAUGAGCUAUGGCUGGGCUUCCCCCGUCAUUCCGAUCCUUCAACAGGAGGAUAGUCCGGUGAAGAUUCAGGAAUCGGACAUCGUGUGGUUGGAGUCGAUAUACAUGAUCGCAGGAAUAAUCGGGCUUCCUAUAACUAUUUACACGGUGGAUAAGUUUGGAAGGAAGAAGUCCAUCAUCCUGGCCGCCAUCACGAAUUUGGCGCAUUGGGUCCUCCUGUCCGUAUCAACGAACAUUGCGAUGGUGUACGUGGCGCGAGCCUUGACUGGAAUCGCAGGAGACGUUGCCUUCGUCUCGGCCCCGAUGUUCAUAGCCGAAAUAGCCGAUCAGAAGAUUAGAGGAUUCUUGGCCUCAAUCAUCUACAUCAUGAUGCUCGUCGGUAUCAUGGUGGUAUACUCUGUGGCGCCUUUCGUCUCGUUACCAGUGUCUUCGGCAGUGGGAGCGCUGUUCCUGCUUCUGCAGCUAGCCACGUUCCCGUUCAUUCCAGAGAGUCCGUAUUUCCUGCUGCUGAAAGGCAAAGAGGAAAAGGCCAAAAAAUCUCUGCAAUUCUUCAGGGCCACUGAUGAUGUCGAAAAGGAACUGCAAGAAAUCAAAUCCGCUGUGGCCAGACAGGAUUUGGAAAAAGGACGGCCACAGGAUUUGAUUAUGGUGAAGAGCAACCGUAAAGCUUUGAUCAUCAUGACCGUUCUGAAUGCAGCACAACACUUCAGUAGUAUUUCCGUGAUCCUGAUGAACCUGCACACCAUCCUCGAAGACGCAGCCGGUAUCCUGGACGCUAAAGUCGCAGCUAUUAUAUUCUCUGUGGUGAUGAUAAUCGCAGCGAUGGUUGCUUGUGGCUUCCUCGACAAGGCCGGAAGAAAGGUUCUUCUGACUGGUUCGAGCUUAUUCACCGGACUCUCUUUAGCUGCUUUGGCCACCUACUUCGCCGUCAAAAACUCCGGCGUCGAUGUUACCGCGUACAAUUGGGUGCCUAUAGCCGCCGUCAUGCUGUACGCCGUUUCCUUCAAGUUCGGUUUGGGCCUCGUCCCCAUAGUUCUGACGGCCGAGCUCUUCCCCACCAGCGUCAAAGCCAUGGGAAUGACUGCCUCUGACGCCAUGUACGUGAUCUUCUCCUGCAUUUCCAUCUACCUCUACCAAUACUUGAGCGACGCCUACGGAAUGCACGUGCCCUUCUACAUCUUCUCAGCCUCGUGCAUCCUCACCGCCGCCUUCGCCAUGUUCUACAUCCCCGAAACAAAGGGAAAGACUUUGGAGGAGAUCCAAUUCAUCCUCAAGGGACAAACAUUCGGAGACGACGCUCCUCAGAAGGAGCUCAACAACGGAACGCCUCCGGAUGUCCGCCCCAAGACGCCCGUCGAGGAUACGAGCAAGCUAUAAACAAGAAGACGCCCAUCUAUUUACACUUAGUUCAAAAAUGGAUUAUCUCCGCAGUCGUGGUGAUAUCCGAAGCGCAUAUGUUUUUUAGUUUUCUUUUAUUUUCAUUCUUUCAUUUUUUUUUCUCAUUUUGAGGUCAAAUUGAUUGAUACCAAUUAAUUGGUGAAGCGGGCGCAAGCAGCGCGUGUCAUCAAACUUUCCCAAACGCAUCUUGAAACACGCAACCACAUAAAAAAAUAAUGAUGCACAAAAUGCGAAACGAAAUCGUUUCUUUUUUAUAUAUAUAUAAAUAAAUAAAUCAAAGUGCUUUACUAUUACUAGUUACGAGAGGUAACAAAUAAAAAAAAGUAUAUAAAUAUAUAUAUAUAAAUAAAUCAACGGAUACAAUGUGUGAUAUUCUUUAAAUAUUUACAAUCGUUUACACUCACUUAGAUUUAGAAAUAUUAAGGACUUUUAGACGACGAGGACGGGGCAAAAUUAAUUAAAAGUCUCGUUCUUAUUUUUAAACAAACAAACUAAAUUAACUUAAACAUAUUGCGUGUCUGUGCCAAGAGGUUGCUUGAUCCAAAUCUCGAACUGUCAUCCAUUUGUUUUCUAGAAAAGCUUCAAAAUGUAGAUAAUAGUUAAAC